GGAAUCCUCGGCCCAACACCUUCAGUAUUCCUCCCCCCCACCCCGGAUGGAAGGAUAGCAAUUAAUUCCCAGUUCCCACCUCCCUAUCAUCCCAUCCCGUCCCAUCUCUCUCUCUCUCUCGCCUCUGCCUCCUCGCCGGUUCUUUUCACCGUAGAUAAUAGAUAGGCCGUCGGGGACAGGGGAUAUCGUUCCUUCCACCGUACCCACGAAGCUGAAAAGAUAGAGCAUCCGCUCGAACGCUCUUCUCGGCAUCACCGCCGUCAUCAGUAUGGAGAGCGCCGACUCGUCGGGCGGCUCGCAGCAGCAGCAGCAGCCGCAGCUCCCGCCGGGCUUCCGGUUCCACCCCACCGACGAGGAGCUGGUGGUCCACUACCUCAAGAAGAAAGCCGCCUCCGCCCCCCUCCCCGUCACCAUCAUCGCCGAGGUCGACCUGUACAAGUUCGACCCUUGGGAACUCCCAGGCAAGGCCAGCUUUGGAGAACAGGAAUGGUACUUCUUCAGCCCCAGGGACCGCAAGUACCCCAACGGAGCGCGUCCUAACCGAGCUGCGACGUCUGGGUACUGGAAGGCGACGGGGACGGACAAGCCCAUCCUGACCUCCGGGGGGACCCAAAAGGUCGGGGUGAAGAAAGCCCUCGUCUUCUACGGCGGCAAGCCCCCCAAAGGGAUCAAGACCAACUGGAUCAUGCAUGAAUACCGGCUGACCGACACCAGCCCCAGUAGCAACUCCAGGCCGCCCUGUGGCGACGUCGGCAGCAAGAAGGGCUCUCUCCGGUUAGAUGAUUGGGUCUUAUGCCGGAUCUACAAGAAGAACAGCUCCAGCAGCAGCAGCAACAGCAGCAGCAGCAAUAACGACCGUGACAAGGAAGAUUCCAUGGAUGGGAUGCUGGCCAGGCUGUCGGACCGUGACAUGGAAGAUUCCAUGGAUGGCAUGCUGGCUCCACCGGCAGUGACACAGCAUCGAGCCAUCGGUUCGCAGCCCAACCCAAGGCCUCAACCUCAGAGAGCUCCCAACAUCUACACCGCACUGCUCGACAACGACGAUACCUUCUUUCAGGGGCUGCUCACCUCCGAGGAUGGACCGGCUACCAGUUCCAUGACCCAGUUAGCUGGAGCCCCAAGAACCAAGCUGGACCUCUCCACCGUUCAGACCAACAACGGCACCCUCGCCCCGAAACGUGCUCUCACUUCCCCAUACUGGAGCGACGGAGGGAUGGUCGCACCACCGCCACCCAAGAGAUUCCAAGGCUGCAACAACGGCAGCAGCAGCACCAGCUGCGCCCCCACCAACAACAACACCAGCAGCGGCAGCAACAACGGCGCCACCACCAACGACAAUAAGAACAGCAACAGCAACGUCCAUGGCGGCCACACGAUCACGGCUCUCCUCAAUCCGAUCCCCCAGGGCACGGCUUACCAACACCAAGCGAUCCUAAGUUCGCUUGGGGACGGCAGUGCCAUCUUCCGGCAGCCAUAUCAGCUCUCCGGCAUGAACUGGAAUUCCUAAUAGGAAAAUAUCCGGUGGUGUGUAUUGAUUCCUCCUUAAACCAUUAUUAAGUCCAUAAGAGAUGCAUGCACACAAAAGGGUUGAUAGAGGAAUAGCUGCUGAUGCUAGAACCCCAUAUCUGGAUAGGCCAAGUGCCAACUCUAGGGUCCACGAGGGCUCACUGGCUUAGUGAUUGCCGUUGGAUUGUGCAACCACAGAUUCGGGUGCGAUCUUUUGAGAGCCACUUGGUUGUUUAUGAACACAAAGGUAGCAUAUAGUCUCGAUUUUACAUUAAAAAUCAUGCCGGGUUUUGUGAGUGGAGCUGUUUCAGUGAGUUUCAGGUGAGAUUUGCUCUUAGCAUAUAUUGUAGAUUGUAUACUUCAUAUUAUAUAAACCUUACAUUUAUAUAAAUUUGCAUACAUAUAUGCAUCACUGUAUAUUGGCGCUA